CCAGCCUUGAACCACAAGGGAGUGCAACCAAAAGUUUUUACUUUGCUCAGAGGCCACAAGUGUGGUGAAAUUCUUCACAGGAGGAGGUGAAACAAGAGAACAUUUUGUUCUUCAGCUUUGUUUUAAAUUAUUCUUUGAAAGAAACCUCCACCGUUGCACUGCUGUAUUUUCAUUGGACAAGGUGGGACAUACAGUGGAAGAGGUAAAAAAAACAGGCGGCAACAUUUUCAAGCUUGUCUUGCGCCUUACUGAGGCACAGCGCUGAGUGAAUCUAGAAGAGGACAACAAAUCAAGGCAUUUUGGAUGUACAAAACCUUUAUCUUCUGGAAAACCCUCUUAAGGAUUUGAUACAUUUCCAGUGGGAAAGGUUGCCUCUCUUGUGCUAUGCCGGAAAACUCCCAUUCACUCUGUAUCUGAGAGGAAUAUUAGGAGAGACAUCCAGAAAAAAAGGCCAUGGAAUUGGACCGCAGGGACAGAGAGCCCUGCUUGUCCCCAGCAGCAUUUGUUAAUCAGGUGCAAUACUCUAACAUCCUGGAAGGAAGGUUUAAACAGCUGCAAGAUGAGCGUGAAGCGGUGCAGAAGAAGACCUUUACCAAAUGGGUAAACUCUCACUUAGGCCGAGUGACUUGUCGCAUUGGCGACUUGUACACCGACCUGCGCGAUGGUCGCAUGCUAAUCCGCCUUCUGGAAGUGCUCUCAGGAGAACAGCUGCCAAAGCCCACUAAAGGCCGCAUGCGUAUCCACUGCCUGGAAAAUGUUGAUAAAGCCCUGCAGUUUCUCAAGGAGCAAAAAGUCCAUCUAGAAAACAUGGGUUCACAUGACAUUGUAGAUGGGAAUCACCGUCUCACCCUGGGUCUCAUCUGGACCAUCAUCCUUCGCUUCCAGAUCCAGGACAUUAGUGUUGCGACAGAGGACAACAAGGAGAAAAAAUCAGCUAAAGAUGCCCUGCUGCUUUGGUGCCAAAUGAAAACUGCUGGAUACCCGAAUGUCAACAUCCACAACUUCACCACGAGCUGGAGAGAUGGCCUGGCGUUCAGUGCCAUCGUGCACAAACACAGACCCGAUGUGAUUGAGGUUGACAACCUGAAGAGGUCCAAUGCUCAUUACAAUCUCCAGAAUGCUUUCAAUGUGGCUGAGAAGGAGCUUGGGCUCACCAAGCUGCUGGACCCAGAAGAUGUUAAUGUUGAUCAGCCUGAUGAAAAGUCAAUCAUUACCUAUGUGGCGACCUAUUACCAUUACUUCUCCAAGAUGAAGGCCCUGGCAGUGGAGGGCAAACGAAUUGGCAAGGUACUGGACUAUGCUAUCGAGGCUGACCAACUGAUAGAGAAGUAUGAGACCCUUGCCUCGGAGCUGCUGCAGUGGAUUGAGCAGACCAUAGGGACGCUCAAUGAUCGGCAGCUUGCUAACUCACUGAGUGCUGUGCAAAACCAGCUGCAGGCUUUUAACUCCUACCGGACUGUGGAGAAACCCCCCAAAUUUACAGAGAAAGGAAACUUGGAAGUUCUCCUUUUUACUAUCCAGAGCAAGAUGAGAGCAAACAAUCAGAAAGUCUACAUGCCAAGAGAAGGCAAACUCAUCUCUGACAUCAAUAAGGCAUGGGAGCGACUGGAAAAGGCAGAGCAUGAACGAGAGCUGGCACUGAGAAACGAGUUGAUUCGCCAGGAGAAGCUGGAGAUGCUUGCUGCACGUUUUGACCGCAAAGCAGCUAUGCGGGAAACGUGGCUGAGUGAGAACCAGAGGCUGGUGUCUCAGGACAACUUUGGAACUGACUUGGGAGCUGUGGAAGCUGCCACCCGUAAACAUGAAGCAAUUGAGACAGACAUUGGGGCGUAUUGGGAGCGUGUGGCUGCUGUGGAGGCUGUUGCCAAAGAGCUGGAAGCAGAGAAGUACCACGAUGUGCGCCGUGUUAUUGCACGGAGGGAUAAUGUGCUUCGACUCUGGGAAUACCUGAAAGAGCUCCUGGCUGCACGCAGAGAGCGGCUGAACGCCCAUCGUGACCUACAGAGACUGUUUGAGGAGAUGCGCUACAUCAUGGACUGGAUGGCAGACAUGAAGAGUCGUCUGCAGUCUCAGGACAGUGGCAAACAUUUGCACGAUGUGUUAGACCUACUGCAGAAACACAAUCUGGUAGAGGCUGACAUUUCAGCUCAGGCAGAGAGGAUCAAGGCAGUUCAGGGAGCGGCACAGCGCUUCACUUCCUAUGAACAAGUCUACAAACCGUGUGAGCCGGGACUAGUUAGUGAGAAAGUUGACCUCCUCGGUCAAGCCUAUGAGGAGCUCGGUCAGCUUGCUGGGACACGCAGAGUGCGCCUAGAGGAUUCACGCCGCCUGUGGCAGUUUCUGUGGGAUGUGGGAGAAGAAGCAGCCUGGAUCAGAGAGCAGGAGCAGAUCCUGGCCAGUGGAGACUGUGGCCGUGACCUCACUUCUGCCCUUCACCUGCUCAGCAAACAUGAGGCCUUCAGCGAUGAGAUGGCAGCCCGUUAUGGCCCUCUGAGUAACAGCAUCGCUGCCGGAGAAGCUUUGGUUCAGGAGGGACACUUUGGAGCCCCAGAGGUCACCGAGAGGAUUCAAGACAUCCGUGCACAGUGGUCACAUCUGGAGGAGACAACUAAGCUCAGAGAGCAGAACCUUAAGGAAGCUGUGGCCCUGCAGCAGUUUCAAACUGAUGCCAAUGACAUGGAGGCAUGGAUCAUGGAGACGCUUAGACAGGUGUCCAGUCAGGAGGUGGGCCAUGAUGAGUUCUCCACUCAAACUCUCGCUCGCAAGCAGAGGGAGGUAGAGGAGGAGAUCCAAAGUCACCGCCCCGGCAUCGACUCCCUGCAUGAGCAAGUCGAAGCACUGCCAGAGGAUUAUAUACAUUUCCCUCAGGUGGAUGGUCGACUACCUGCUAUUGAGAAGAGUUUUGAAGAACUGGAGUCUCUGUCAGCGGCUCGGCGCCAGGCUCUGGAAGGUGCCCUGGCCCUCUACCGCAUGUUCAGUGAAGCUGGUGCCUGCCAGCUCUGGGUGGAGGAAAAGGAGCAGUGGUUACAUGGCAUGGCGAUCCCUACCAGACUGGAGGACUUGGAGGUUGUGCAACAGAGAUUUGAGACACUGGAACCUGAGAUGAACAACCUAGGCACUCGUGUAACCGAUGUGAACCAGGUGGCCGAGCAGCUGCUGAGCUCCGACAGCUGUAACAAAGACCAAAUCCAUCAGACACGAGACCAACUGCACAACAGAUGGAAGGAGUUCGAACAACUGGCUGGCCAAAAGAAAGUAGCCCUCGAGUCGGCCCUUAACAUCCAGAACUACCACUUGGAGUGCAAUGAGAUCCAAACUUGGAUGAAGGAAAAAACCAAAGUGAUUGAAUCCACCCAGAGCCUGGGCAAUGAUCUGGCUGGAGUGAUGGCGCUGCAGCGCAAACUCACUGGCAUGGAGAGGGACCUGGAGGCCAUUCAGGGCAAACUGGAUGACCUGAGGAACGAGGCUGAAAAGUUGGCCUUGGAACAUCCAGAUCAGGCAGGGGAGAUUCAAGGACACCUGGCAGAGAUUCAAGAGGUGUGGGAGGAGUUGAAUGCCACCAUGAAACGGCGCGAGGAGUCAUUGGGCGAAGCCAGCAAGCUGCAGGGCUUCCUCAGGGAUCUGGAUGACUUUCAGUCCUGGCUGUCCCGCACCCAGACAGCCGUGGCCUCAGAGGACAUUCCAACCUCUCUGCCCGAGGCUGAGAGUUUGCUAACCCAGCAUGAGAGUAUUAAGAAUGAGGUUGAUAACUACAAGGAGGACUACGAGAAGAUGCGAGCGGUCGGUGAGGAGGUGACCCAAGGUCAGACAGAUGCCCAGCACAUGUUCUUGGCCCAGAGACUCCAGGCACUGGACACUGGCUGGCAUGAGUUGCGUCGCAUGUGGGAGAACCGCCACAAUCUCUUGGCCCAGGCCUUUGACUUCCAGACCUUCUUGAGAGACGCAAAGCAGGCAGAGGCUUUCCUCAACAGCCAGGAGUAUGUGCUGUCCCACACAGAAAUGCCCACCAGUCUUCAAGGAGCUGAAGGGGCCAUUAAGAAGCAUGAGGAUUUCCUCACCACCACAGAGGCCAGUGAGGAGAAGAUAACUGGUGUGGUGGAGGCUGGACGGCGCCUCAUUAAUGACAGCAAUGCAAACGCUGAUAAGAUCCAGGAAAAAGUCGAUUCCAUCCAGGAAAGGCAUUUUAAGAAUAAGGAGGCUGCAAAUGAAUUGCUGGCUAAGCUUAAGGACAACCGUGAACUGCAGCACUUCCUCCAAGACGGACAGGAGCUCACGUUGUGGAUAAAUGAGAAGAUGCUGACGGCACAGGACAUGUCUUAUGAUGAGGCCAGAAAUCUUCACAGCAAGUGGCAGAAGCAUCAGGCCUUCAUGGCAGAGCUGGCCUCCAACAAAGACUGGCUGGACAAAAUUGAUAAGGAGGGUCAGGCACUGGUGGCCGAGAAGCCGGAGCUGAAACCUGUUGUUCAGCAGACUCUGGAGGACCUACAGCGUCAGUGGGAGGAUCUGGAGGGCACCACCCGCACAAAAGCCCAAUGCUUGUUCGAUGCUAACCGGGCAGAGCUCUUUACACAGAGCUGCUCUGCUCUGGAUGUCUGGCUGAAAAAUCUUGAGGGACAGCUGCAUAACGACGACUAUGGCAAAGAUUUGACUAGUGUCAACAUCCUGCUCAAGAAGCACCAGAUGCUGGAGCACCAGAUGGAGGUCAGAGAGAAGGAGGUGCAGUCCCUUCAGUCUCAGGCUCUGGCCCUGUCCCAGGAAGACGCUGGAAUCACUGAAGUAGAUGGUCAGCAAAGGCGUGUCACCGACAACUUCUCCAACCUUCAGGAUCCUCUCGAACUGAGGAGACAGCGACUACUCGCCUCCAAAGAAGCACAUCAAUUCAACAGAGAUCUGGAGGAUGAAAUUCUUUGGGUGAAAGAGAGGAUGCCACUGGCGGACUCCACAGACCAUGGAAAAGACCUGCCCACCGUACAGCUGCUAAUCAAGAAGAACCAGACAUUGCAGAAGGAGAUCCAGGGCCACCAGCCUCGCAUCGAUGACAUCCAUAGACGAGGCCAGACUCAGAGCCAGGUAGAUGGUGAGAGACAGUCUGUCCUAGAGGAGCGCCUUGUCGAGCUGCGGGACCUCUGGGACCAGCUGAUAGCCGAGACAGACAAGCGCCAUGCCCGUCUUAUAGAGGCCAAUCGCGCCCAGCAGUUCUAUGCUGAUGCAGCGGAGGCGGAAGCCUGGAUGGGAGAACAAGAGCUACACAUGAUGUCAGAGGAAAAAGCUAAGGAUGAGCAAAGCGCACUAGUGAUGGUCAAGAAGCACCAGACCCUGGAACAGGCACUUGAAGACUACGCCCAAACCAUUCACCAACUAGCCAACAGCAGCCGCAUCAUGGUCACCGGUGAACACCCAGAGAGCGAGAGAAUCACCUUACGGCAAGCCCAAGUUGACAAACUGUAUGCAGGGUUGAAAGACCUCGCUGAGGAGCGUCGUGGGCGACUUCAGGAGAGACAGCGGCUGACCCAGCUGAAGCGGGAGGUGGAUGACCUGGAACAGUGGAUUGCUGAGAGGGAGGUGGUUGCUGGCUCCCAUGAACUAGGACAGGACUACGAACAUGUCACAAUGCUGAGAGACAAGUUCCGGGAGUUUGCUCGUGACACCAGCACCAUCGGCCAAGAACGUGUCGAUGGUGUAAAUGGGCUGGCCGAUGACCUGAUUGAGUCGGGUCACCCUGAGAACGCUAGUGUGGCUGAGUGGAAAGAUGGGUUAAACGAGGCUUGGGCCGAUCUGCUGGAGCUGAUCGACACACGCACACAAAUGCUGGCAGCCUCCUAUGAGUUGCACCGCUUCCAUCAGGAUGCCAUGGAGGUGCUCGGACGUGUUAAGGAGAAGAGGGAAGGGCUGCCCUCUGACCUUGGCCGUGAUCUGAACACUGUUCAGCAUCUACACAGACAGCACAACACUUUUGAAAAUGACAUCCAGGCCCUCAGUGGACAGGUUAACCAGGUGCAAGAUGAUGCAGCACGGCUGCAGAAGGCGUAUGCCGGGGAGAAGGCAGAUGACAUUAACAGGAGUGAACAUGCUGUGACUUCUGCCUGGGAGGGCCUGCUUGAGGCAGGUCAGGCCCGCAGGCUCCUCCUGCUGGACACUGUGGAGAAGUUCCGCUUCUUCAACAUGGUGCGAGACCUAAUGCUCUGGAUGGACGGUGUCAAUCUGCAGAUAGACGCACACGACAGCCCCAGGGAUGUGUCUUCUGCAGGGCUGGUCAUUGGCAAUCAUCAGGACAUCAAGUCAGAGAUUGAGACCAGGGCAGACAGCUUUACUGCCUGUAUUGAGAUGGGAAAGUCUCUCAUCAACAAUAAUCAUUAUGCAGCUGAUGAGAUCCGGGAGAAACUGGCUCAACUCCAGGAAAAGAGAGAGAAGAUCAACCAAAAGUGGCAAGACAAGAUGGACCAUCUACAAAUUGUGCUGGAGGUGUUGCAGUUCGGACGCGAUGCCUGUGUGGCAGAGUCUUGGUUGGCAGGGCAAGAACCUCUGGUGCGAACAGCCGAGCUGGGCUCAAAUGUGGAUGAGGUAGAGAGCCUGAUUAAGCGUCAUGAGGCCUUUGAGAAACUCGCUACAGCCUGGGAAGAUCGCUUUGUGCUGCUGGAGAAACUUACUACGCUUGAGGAGCAUGAGAUGCAGAAGAGGCGAGAGGAAGAAGAGAGAGCAAGGCGACCCCCUACACCACCCCCAGCAGAAGUGGCACAAUCUGAAGUAGAAAGUCAAGUACAUGAUUCUGCCGCCAGAACCAGUCUGGACCAGACCACACUCAAUCAGUCUGUGUCAGUAAAUGGAGUUCACAGUGACAAUGACACAUCGCAGGGCUCUGAGUCUGAGUCUGUGAACGGACCAGGUAGGGACAGCGGGCUGGCCUCCUCUCGCCUUGAGCCUUCGGCCACGUUACCGAGCAGGGGUGGAGCAGAGUCUGAUCCGGAUACCAUGGAGGGGAUGCUCUGUCGAAAGCAGGAGAUGGAGUCCCUCAGCAAAAAGGCAGCUAGCAGGUCCUGGCAGAACGUGUACUGUGUCCUCAGAAAAGGAAGUCUUGGUUUCUAUAAAGACGGCAAGAGCGCUAGCAAUGGCAUUCCAUACCACGGAGAGGUACCCAUCAGCCUCGGAGAGGCUGUGUGUGAGGUAGCAAACGACUAUAAGAAGAGGAAAUUUGUAUUCAAGCUCAGGCUAGGGGAUGGAAAAGAGUACCUGUUUCAGGCAAAGGACGAGGCUGAGAUGAGCUCCUGGAUCCGUUCCAUCCUCAGCUCCAUUCCAACAGGAUCAGCGGACUCGCCCGUAGGUCCUCGUGCCCUCAGCCGUGCCAUGACGAUGCCUCCCAUCUCCCCCGGCUCAGGUGAACCCGGAGGAGGUGUUACCAUGCGCAACAAAGACGGAAAAGACAAGGAUCGUGAGAAGAGGUUCAGCUUCUUUGGCAAGAAAAAAUAGAGUUAUCGCUGGAAACUACAUUUGUCAGAAUUUCAACAAACUGAAGCGAAGUACAGACAGGUCAAACAAACACACUGCUCUCAGUGCAGACCCUAAGGAAUUUGUCGACGGCUACUAUUUGUAGCUUACAGAGAACUUUGUUUCUUUUCUUUCUCUUUAAUGCUCUCCCUCGCCAGUUUUUAUCUGUCAUUUACUUUUUGGUUCACCAAAAUCAUAUUUCACAUUUAGCUGCACCCGACAAUGAAAGCCCUCAUCCAAAUUCAGGUAAUUUCAGCCAACCAGCUUAUUGGUCAAAGUCAGUAACAGCUGUGGUUGGCAUAAACAGGGAUUCAGGACCAGUUCAGUUUCAAUCCACCAAAACGGCCCUCCUUCAAAAUGAAUAUUUUCUCUUCAGUGAGUCUUAACUGGGUCGUGGUGGAAGCUAUUCAUCAAUGGCCGAUGUUCUGCAAGGAACACAAAGGCCUACGUAAGUAAGAGUCUUGACUAGCUGAGCCGUUUUUAUGCCGUGUCACUAAUAAAACAAUGGAUGGUGGCUUUCCACUGGGUUGCACUCUGGUUUUAUUUCCCUGCUUUAAAAGCGCUCUCUCUUUGGGAGGAUCACAUCAGUCUCUUUUUCUGUUCUUGGUAUUGAUGUUAUUAACCUGACCGAUUAUUAUUAUUAUUGCUAUUAUUAUUAUUUAUCUUUUGCUAUUGCUGGUUUGAGAAAACAAGCUAAUUAAUUUGCCAGUAGAUAAUCUUGAUUCAUGUUGUGGAGAGAAACAAAAUUUGGUUAAAUUAGUGGAGAAUGUUGGGCUUGCCCUUGUAUGUACUAUUUUUUGUUUUGUUUUUUAGGAAUGACAGUUGAUGAGGUGUUUUGAGAAAAAAUAAAGCUCAUUAAAUUUUAGAAGUGUGCAGUAAGUGAUCACAAGUUUCAUUGGGAAAAUAAUAUAUAUAUAUAUAUUUAAUAAGUGGUUUUAUUUUUUAUUUUGUCUCUAAUUUUGCCUGUAUUUGCAAAUUUAUUUUGAGUGGUCUAUUAUGCUUGAUUUUCAUUUUUAUUUUUUCUGUACAAAGCAGAGAUGAUUAGUUUUCUAGUGUGUGUGUGUGUGUGUGUGCGUGCGUGUGUGCGUGUGUGUGAGUUGUGGUGCUGUGGACUUUGCACGUUUAUGUAAUUCCUGAUCAAACGUGGCCAGAUGAAUGCUGCUUUUUCGGUACGCAAGCGCAGACAAAAACCAGACUCAAACACAAAUAAUAAUAUUACAGGAAUGAUUUCAUAAAAUUAGCUUUUCUUUGCUUCUGGUUUUUAUUAUAUGUGAGCUUACAUUACCAAUGAAAUUCCACAAGACGGUUUAAUUAUUUUUGUUUUAGUCUUCUAAUACCUAUAUCUGUUCUCUCUGGUGUGACGGCAUGGGGGGCUGUUUUAUUGAUAAUAAGCUGAAGCACAUUCUCUGUGGCAGACCGCAGGGAUGCAAGCAGGUCAGAGGGACAGCUGGACAGGUCUCAUUAAGUGAAUUGAGGGCAGCAGGAAGUGAUAUUGGCUUAGCAGUGAAGAAUGCGGUUGAUGUGCUACAGGACACACAGGUGUAUUGAGCCUUACUUGAACCCACUACUGAUACACUGAACCCCUUUUUACAAACCCACCCUCCAUUCGAAUAGUCUUAAAGGAAGCUUUCGUAGUACGAAGAUUAAAAAGGAAUGUUAAAAAAAUGUGCCCUGUGGCAAUGAUCUAAUGUAUGUCAGUGGAAUGGGUAUGCAGGUACAACAUGAAUUACAGUAACCAUCUAAAGCUCAGAGAGGGAAGAGUCCUAAAUUGUCUCCUGGACGAGCUUUGUGCUCUUGCAUAUGUGGCAUGACUUCUUGUAGGUUUUUACUUGUAUGUGUGUCACCAUUGCCAUCUAUCCUCUUCAGUGUUGAUGUGCUCUGAAAACAGGAGAUCACUUCAUAUUCAGGGUUGGAGAGCAACUAAUUCUGUGUAAUUGGCAUUUACAGUAAUCUGAAACAAGAUCACGGCAAUCCAAUAUAGUUAAUGUAAAAAUGUGAUAGGUGUUUAUUAGGUUCCUCAAAUGUGGUACAUGUUUGAAACGAUAAAGGCAUUUACAGUAUUUUGUGAAACUGUAGGCAGUAGUGACAUUUUAUUUAAAUUGGUUGUUAACUGUUAGAAUAGUUUUAAUUUGCCUUUUUAACUGCCAAAAUGCCACAGGAAGUUACAGAACAGCAAUUCUGAGUUUUAUGAAUUAUUUCAAGUAGGUUGCAAGUAAUCAAUUAUUUUGUCAUUUAUUUCACCUUGAAAGUAACUCUUUAAAGCUGGUAAUUGCCUGGCUGUGUGUACCACGCCUUGGAGGAAUGUCACACCAAACUGUUGUGACAACACAAACGGCUGGAAAUAAACUGGCUGCAGUUUAAACAGGUUGGCCUUAUUUUAUCUAUUCUACCCAAAUGAAUGUGGAACCAGUGAUCUAUUGCUCAAAUACCCUGGAAGCCAGAGAUAAGAAAUAUCUGAACAUCCACUUUGAGGUUAUUGAACAGUUGACAGCACCUGGUCCAAGCUUUCUCAAACUGACUGCCUUGUCUCCGUCAGUGGGGUUUUGUAUCUCUGGUGUGUGACCCAGCUCCCAGUUUAUGUAGCUUUAAACAAAGCUACGAUCUGGGAACCAAGUCAAUCAGGUCAUUGCAUACAUAAGUGAGCCAAUGCAGUUAGCGUACAUUGUGCACAAUUUUUCGAAUGGAGGAGUCAUUCUUCCCCAGUGGACGAGCUGUUUAUAGUGAUCAUUGCUACCCUUUUCUCUGCUCUGGACAUCAUACGCAGCAAUCCGUUGAUGUUGGGGUCCUCAUGUUUAAAGGUCACACAGUGUAUUUUCUUAUCGGCUCAUUUGAAUGUGAAUGAUUCAAAUUAGUUUGGCCAAAUUGGUCAUGAGAAGCAAAAAUAUUUCACAUUACUUGACAUACUGUACACAAACUUUCUCAUUCACACGCACUCACACGUUAAUGCUGUACUGUAUAAUUAAUGCAGGAUGACCCUGGCAAUCCAGUUUUGUGGAUAUGUCCCUCAGCUGGCUGUGAUUUGAUGUUGAAUAUGGCAUCAUUUAAAAAAAUAAAAAAAUAGCAUUGUGCUACUGGUGAGCUUUGACCAGAACGUGGGAAGAAAUGUAUUAUUGAUGUCAAAGAGGGGAGUUUUUGGUAAGGAGAGUACUUGUUACAAUGGAGUACUUAAUCAAGAAAAAACAACAACUUUUACUUGUUAAGUAUUAUAUAUGGGUGGAAACAGACUGGUGACAAUUUGAGCUUCCUUUUUUAGAAGAAGGCAGGAUACUUGCUGUCUAGUGGGAGCUUGUAUUUCUUCAUCCAGUGGUCUGUGUUGCAGCAUUUGAUAAGCCUGUCCUCCUACCUUUAUUUCUCAUUACUUUUGACGAAUGUCUGUUCCUUCCUCUGCAAUUCAGAGUUGUUAAUACCACUACUAUUAUUAAUUGCUAUUGUAAUCAUUAUUGCUACUGUUGUUACUAUUACUACUACUGUUACUAAUGCAACUUAUUGCAAAAAUUAUAACUGCUGUCCAUUUUCAGGUACGUGUCUGUAAUACCAGACCCUUCCACACGAUGUCAGUGUGCUGUGCAGCAUUUUCAUUACGAAUCGAAAAAUAAUGUUUGUUGACUUGUGUAUCUACAUCUAAUAUUAGGAAUAAUAAAACAUGGUU